GUAACCUUAUAUCAAGCCUCAGCGAGAGAACUAUUACCUUUAGAAGUAGCUUCCACCAGGCCUUCCUACGGGGGUGCGGGGAUCGUAGAAUUCGGCAAAAAAAUCGGAAAAUUGGCCAAGGGACUUAGUCCAAGUUAAGGUUCAUGUUCCCCCUCCGGAGCCGUCCAAACCUUACCCUCUAGUAGCAAAGCUCCCCUAGCAAAUUGUUCCCCCUAUGAUAGCCAGCGUAGUCAGUCUGGUAAAAACUACUCUAGAAGAUCAAUAGGCUGUCGUUGACUUAAUAGCCGGAGCAGUCUACUACCAGACCCACUCACGCCCCCUACUGACUUCCUCUACAAAUGACCAUUACGAACGGACAUGAGCCAUAUACCCGCUUGCACUCUAUUAUCAAUGCGUAUAUAUAACUGUCAUACAUGUCACUGUAUUAGAACUCUAAAUGAUGUAAUCUGUAUCUAUGUUAUGUUUUAUCUCACCAAGGAGGUUCUGCCCCUUACCUCUGCCCUCGUGAUGUCAAUCAAAAGCGGCCUGUAGGCUGAUUGAAGCUUUGUCAUGAAUAGAGAAAAGGGGCCGGCAAAGAAAAUUACCAUACAUAUACAUAGUUGUGAGCAUAUUUUCUGUGGGAUGGGAAAUCCUUUAAAUGUUAUAUCCUAUUUUCACCUUUAUUUACAGACACUAUAGAGCCAAACCAGUUUGAUAUCCACUUGAAUGAAAUAAAUCUGCUGUAUAUAUACCACCUAUGUGUACCAUUGAUACAUCAUUUAAAAUGAAAGCUAAAUAUCCAGGUAAAAAGGUACACAAGUAUCAUGAGUAACUGAUACCUUGUGUAUAAAACACUUGGCAUGUACAAAUGUUCCUGUUGUCCUACACACACAUGUCUAUAAAAACAUACUUUGUCACUUUAAUACCACUUCCUUUACAGUCAAUUCCGGAUAUGCAGCUUGUACUAUUCAGUACAAACAUGAUGUGUUACGCCAUGAUAUGAGGCCGUAUUGUAUUUGUAAGACUUGUAAGGGACUAAAAUCUUGGACAGUACAGCUCUUAAACACGAAGGACUUACUAAUAGGCUCGUCAGAUUAGGUUUAUCAGCGCUGUCCUGACAUCCAAUGCGAUUUAAUUACAAGACAAAAUAAACAAACUGAUUCUACGUUUGAGUAGUUAAUCCUCGUGUAACCGAGGGGUGGUAACAAGUGGAUGAAGGUUUCCGAACGGUUCACAUGACAGUGAGUUUUUCCAUAGUACACGCAGUCGGACGUCCGUGGCUCUCCUGCGCUGUGUGCAGUCGACUUGUGGCGGUGUAUCCGAAAAAAAUACCUCCAGGAGAUAUCUUCAUCACUUGAUGAUAGUGUCAAGUUUGUAUCAACGAAUGCAACUGUUUCUUUUGGAAUGGCAGCCUGCUCGGCAAACUGUUCGGCUUUAGUGGUGACCUGCAUCGUAGGCUUUGCCCUCGUGGCACUCCCAGCAGCCCUCGGGCUCCUGGGCGUGUGGGAGCCGAGACGACAGGGCUUCUUCUGCGGGGAUGAGAGCAUUUCCCUCCCGUACACCGGGGACACCGUCUCGUUCUGGGCACUGCUGGGUACGUGGUUGGGGUGUGUUGUUGUCGUCGCUCUUGCAGAAGGUUUCUUUGCAAAGACGAUUGGCCUGAAACGACCUGCCAUUUUCGUUAACAGUAUAAUCUGCGCGUACGUGCUGAUCCUCAUCAUAACAGGAGCAUAUUCGGCCGUGAAAGCCAUAAAGGUGACCAUGGGAGCUCUCCGCCCACACUUCUUGGCAGUCUGUAAGGUGAACGUCUCAUUCACCUGUACACCAGGUACCUACGUCACAGAAGACGUCUGCACAGGUGAUGCUGACGUCAUCAGAGACGCAAGGUCGUCCUUUCCAUCCGGACACGCCGGAAUAGCCGGCUGCCUGGCUGCCUACGUGGUGAUGUACCUGCAAACCCGUGUCCGGAACAAGAGCUGGGUGGUACCAAGGGUGGUGGUGCAAGUUGGGUUGGUUAUAGGAGCUCUGUACGUCAUGGGAAGUAGGGUGGCAGAUCAUCGACACCACCUGGCGGAUGUUAUCGGAGGUGCAGUUAUCGGGGCUGCGUUUGGUGUUGGUGGGAUGAGUGUGACCCAAGAGCUCACCAAACCAACUUUCAAGAGAGUUGCUCGUCAGGACACUGAUGGUCACUUCUCAGCGCGACAAGAGGCUGUAGGUGAACUGUCAGAGAUUUAAAAAAUAUAACCUUAUGUACUGGUGUGGUGAGCAUAUUUUGAUGAGAAAUACUGGCAUGAGAAAUAAACUGCCAUGAUGUAUACUAGGGGUGGGUACUGAUACAGAAAAUUCAGGUACAGGUAGGGUCCGGGUCCAGAACUGAAACUAUGUGAAAAAUUGUAAAUGGGCGAUGAUCAAAACAAUGGUCCAUUCCGCUACAAAGUAUUCUGUUUGGUAGAUAGUAUAUGACAUUCAUUGAUGUUUUAAAAUUCUAUCUAAGUCACGUAAACAACACUAUAUGACUCUGGUCUAGUUUUACUCUAGAAGCCUGGUUAAAAUGACUAAUAUCAACUCUCCUCUACUUUGCUCUCGUUCAUUUCAUGGAUCUGUAAGCUUCAAAACAAUCAACAUCUCACAGUGUAAUGUGUUCAUUUUCAUAUUGGUCUAGCAUCAGGUCCACUGUGUUUUUUUUCGGGUCUUUUUUUCUGGACCGGUUCAACAAGAAAAGACGGUUUUGUACCGGAGUGUACCAGUACCCACCCCUAAUGUAUACUAAGAUAACUCACACACAGACACUUUAAAGCCAAACCCAUUGAACAUCGAAGUUGAUUUCAGUGUCAACUAAACCAUUCAUUCAAUCAAGCACUGGAACAACUAAACAAAACAAAAAACACACGAGAUAAUUAUUGACAUUGUUAUUGAUGUUUAGUUUUGAUGCAGAGUAGCUUGCUCUAUCUACAAGUACAUGUAGUCCACGAGAGGUUGGUUCCAGCAAUGGUUCCAGUCAUUGAUUGCUUACACCACAAAGUGACCAAGACAUCACAAUCAUUUCACCAUGAUUCGCAGAAAAAGUUACCCCGGUAGUCCCAAAAUUUGGCAACAACUGACAUUUGCCAGAAAUAUACAUGCUGGCAUUAUUUGCUUGUAGCUUUUCUACCACGUUUAAGCAUUUGCAAUACUUUAUCAUGAUACUUCAAUAUAAUUAGUAAAAGCAAAUCAAUUGUGAAAGCAGAAAUAAGCAUUACUCCAUUAGGAUAUAUCUCCUACCUCUUACAAAAAUCAAUUUGAAGAGAAGUACAUUGCAUGUAAGGUAACAUAACCAAAUGAUACAGAAACGCAUUAUACGUAACAUAAUUUUUAUAACAAUUAUUCAGUUCUAUGGGUAUUUGCACAGGUACAUUAAGCAACAAGUAAAAUUAUCCUCUUUGAGAGUAUACAAUGUACUUAUAUUAUUUAUCACAAACUAGGCAUCUUUUAUAAAUACAACUGCCUUGUUACAUUCAUACCCAUUAUCCUUAUACAUUACAGUCUUCCAUUGACUCUUAUUCAUCAUAUGUAUGAUUGUAUGUUAUCAUAUCAAGGUGGUUUAAGCUUACUGAUAAAUGUGUUAUACCCAAUAUUUUGAUAAAUUCAAAAUAGCUGUAGACUAUAGACUACAUGUAUAACCAAACCAUACCCAUGUUUGUGAAUAGUAUAAUCAUUACAGCCUUGUAAUAAAGCAUGAUUGGUCAAAAUUUUUCUCAUUGGACCAUUUUGAUAAUCAAAUUAUCAGUAUCAGAGCAGGGCAUAACAUCCAAAAACAAAUUUUUAGAGCAAA